CAGAGUAUUAUGUCGUAUAAUAAUGAAUAUGAAAGUUUUCGGAGUUCUAUACCAUUAAAAAAAAUAAUUGUUGACAGUGAUGGAAUAAAGGGUUGGAGAAUAUACGAUUCAGGUCCUAAAAAUAUUAAAUCACCACUAAUAUGUUUACCACCUGUCAGCGGAACGGCAGAUAUUUUUUUUAAACAAAUUUUAAGUUUAUCAGCAAAGGGUUAUCGUGUAAUAUCGGCUGAAUCUCCAGUGUACUGGAGUAUUAAUGAUUGGUGCUGUGGAUUUAAAAAACUAUUAGAUUAUUUAGAAUUGAACAAAGUUCAUAUUUUUGGUGCCUCUUUGGGUGGAUUUUUAGCACAAAAAUUUGCCGAAAUAAAUUCUCAUUGUCCAAGAGUGGCUUCCUUGAUUUUGUGUAAUACAUUUAUUGAUACGUCAAUAUUCAACUAUCACGAUUCAGCUUCAUUAUUUUGGAUUUUGCCAUCUUUAAUUUUGAAAAAAAUGGUUAUGGGAAAUUAUUCAACAGAAAAUGUAUCGAUCGAUGAUGAAAUGAUUGAAGCUAUUGACUUUAUGGUUGAGCGAUUAGAGAGUUUAAGUCAAUCAGAAUUAGCAUCACGAUUGACAAUAAAUUGUGUUAAUUCCUAUGUUCAACCACAUAAAAUGGGUGAUUUACCUGUAACAUUAAUUGAUGUUUUCGAUGAUUAUGCACUGUCACCUGUUGUUAGAGAAGAAAUGUAUAAAUGCUAUCCGAAUGCUAAAUUAGCACAUUUAAAAAAUGGUGGUAAUUUUCCAUACUUGAGUCGCUCAGCUGAAGUUAAUUUACAUUUACAGAUUCAUUUACGACAAUUUGAAGGAACAGAAUUUUCAUCGCGACACUUUUAA